CAAGGUCUAGAACCUGGAGGCAUUAGAUUCCAAGACUUAGAAGCCUAGGAAAAGGGAUGGCUAGUGAGGUUUAGAUCAUGUUGAGCCCUGCCUUUCUUCUGUGGGAUGCAGACUAUCCCUUGUAUACCUAUGGAUCCAUCUUAAUUAUUGUAUUAAUUAUUUGGCAAGUGAAAAAAAGGAGGAAAAAAUUAAUGUUGAGAUCUAGCAAGAGCUGUUGUCAGCAUCAUCAAAGAGUCAAACACAGGUCUAGAGAGAGAACAUCAAGAGCUAAGAGAACCUCCCAGAAAGAAGCUGAGAAGCUGCAGAAGUUACUGUCUAUCAUGAAAAGUCACGGGUGGCUUCCCCAGGAAGGACAUGUGCUUCGGCUUCUGUGUGCAGAUCCAUCCUGCCAAAUCUGCAAUGCUAUGGCUCUGGAGAUUCAGCAGAUGCUUGUAGGUAAAAACAACCAGAUCUCCCCCACUUUAUCAAAGCCAUCACAGGGCUCUUCUUGUCUAGGGAUGUUGUCCACAUCAAGUGUAUCUUUGAACAGUCAGAAGCUGGGUUCCCAGAACUCCAGAGAGCUUUUACUGACAACUCACCCCACACUGUCACAAUUAACGGAUCAGAAAUCUUUAACUCAGUCAGCUGCCCCGUCAGCUGGUGGAGUAAGCAUCCAAGAUUACUGGUCUGAUUACCUCCAGCCAAGACAGGAAUUUCAAGUACCACAUAUGUUCCAAGAUGCAAGAGCUCGCUCUUCUUCAAGCCUUGAAGUAUCUGGGAGUCCUGUGAACUGGAAAGAGAAGACAAAGAGCAAGUCAACCCUUGCCCUGAUGAACCAAGGUGCUCCAGAAGUUGACUUGGGAAAAACAAUGACAUUCUUUUUGCACUGGAUUAACCCUGAAGUGAAAGGUCAAAGCCACGAGGAACCCAUUCUCCACUCUAAAUCCAAGACAGUGGCCAAAUCCAGGACAAAAGAGGUUAAGAAGGUUCCAACCCCCACCAAAGACCAUGUCAGGGGAGCUAACUUGAAGAUGACAACAAAGGACCCUGUGGCCCAGCCUUUUCAUACUGAGAAGGAGCACUUGACUUUUUUUUGAUGCCCAGAGUCCCUACAUAGACAGCUCCAGCAACACUCCCUCCAGUCCAGCCAAUCCUGGGGCCUGCGCCACUCCCACAGCUGCUUCAAAACCUCACCUCAACUGACUCAUGCUACCCAACCAAGAAAUAUAUCCUAGGUCUCAAGUCUCAUGUCAGCAGAAGAAUGCACUGGUUUACAUAAGGAGAAUACUCAUUCCAAACAAAGGGCGUUUGUAGGUUCCCAAAACUGCAUCCUCCAUGGAAAAGGCUGUAUAUAGCCAUUUUCAUUAACAUGAAAGUGAGGCAUGGCAUUCUCUAAAUAUACUCUAUACCUGUAAGCAAAGAACCAUUUGUUCAUGUCUCCUUUUCAUCAGGGUGUAUGUGAUGGCAAGAAUAGAAGGAGUAGAAAUUAUCUCCCAUGUAAUAUAGGAGCUUAAACCCAAAUUUUAUUUCAGAUAGGUCAGCAUUCUACGUGCUCCUCCUAGCCCUACCCUAGGCUAUAAAUAAAGGGACCUGAGCAGAGAAGGAAGCCCCUUGUUUAAGAUGCACUGAAGGAAAAGGUCAGGCUUGAAUUCAGUUAUGAUUUUCCAUGUUGUACUUGGGUCCUCAUUUCCUCAAGGAGGUGUUUUUGUGUUUAUGCAAAGCACACAGCUAGGGGCAGGGGAUUUAGCUUAGUGGUUCUGCCACCUGCUUUGCAGAUGCAAGG